AUGGAAAGCGACUGUAAAAUAUGUGAAGAAUUCAUAAAUACGGAUGAAACCUACAAUAUAUGCGAUAUAUGUAAAGGUUUCAUGCAUUCGAAGUGCCUGGAUUUAUCUACAACAGAACAAAGGUGUAUUCCGUUGAAGAAGAGAACUCUGAUGGUAGUAUGUAGAAAAUGCAAGAAUGUAAUGAGCAGAAUGUCACUAAUGCUCGAUGCUUUCGAAACAAUGAAAAGUGGAAUGGAAGAAAUAGCAAAUUUUAUGAAAGAUGUUUUAAGAAAACAAGAUGUCCAGAAUAGUGAACAAAUUGUGAGUUACAGUCGAGCAGUAACGGGAAAAAAGAGAAGCUUGAAAGAUGGAGGAGUUGUAUUGGAAUGUAAUGGUAAAAAUAGUAAGGAUAUGAAAGAAGAAGUACAAAAGUCACUAGGAGCAGGAUAUGUAGUAUCAGAGCCUAAAAAAAUUAUACCAAAACUAAAAAUUGUAAAUAUACCAAAGCAUAUAGAAAAGGAUGAGGAGGAUUUGAAGGAAAAGUUAAUAGUACAAAAUGGUCUGAAUAAGGUAGAUGAAGAAUUCAUGUUGAACAUUAUACAUAUAUCUAAAGAGAAUAAUAAUAAAUACAAUAUGUUGAUAGAAGUUGAUAUGAACACAUACAAUCAACUAAUAAAUAAAGGCUCAAGCUGCUUUGGUGCUCUCUAUGGAGGUGAGAAAGGCGACAAACUUCCUACUCUCCGGCACAAGCUCUUUGUUCGUUCAGCUACCAACGCGAAAGUGAACCUGGCUCGUCUACCCCCAACCGAAGAAGCAGUGAAUCAACAUCUCAACAGCACAUACCACCAGUUAAAAGCGGGCAGGGCUUGA